UUUGGUUUGCCAUUUCAUAAUGAAUAGACUUACACCUGAACAACGUUUGCAAAUCGUGCAAAUUUAUUACGAAAAUAAUGGUUCGGUUCGCGCGACGCAUCGCGCGCUGCGUCCAAUAUUCGGUCGACAUAAUCGUCCAUCAGAGUCAAUAAUUCGAUUAACCAUGGAUCGGUUUCGCACCACGUUUGCUCUAGUAGAUAAUACGCAUCCUCAAAGAUGUCGUACAGUGCGCACCGAAGACGCUAUUGCUGCUGUGGAGCAGAGUAUCGAAGAAGACCCGAAUGAGUCCAUCCGCCAUCGCGCGCAGCAAUUGGAGAUGUGCCUAUCCACUUUAUGGAAGAUUUUGCGGAAGGAUCUUGGUUUUCGGGCU